UUGAUAAUCGUAAUUGUUAACGACCCACAAAUCCUUUCACAUGGAUUCAAACUAAAAACAUGCGUCCUUAGUUCUUAUAUUUUAAUACAGUCGAGGGGCUGAUAUAUCUUCUGCUGCACUAGACAUUACAGCAGUGAAACAAAACUCUGAACUUGAAAGGAAAGAAGAAGGAAGAAAAAAAAAAUGGGCCUUUCUGCAACUUAUUUUUUAGCAUAUAUAACUGGUUUCAUUAUAAUUGCUUCUUUACCGGGACUUGGGGAUGAUAAUGGACUGAGGCUUCAGUUUUACAAUAGCAGCUGCCCCAAUGCAGAGAACAUUGCCAGACAAGUCACACAGCAGGGCAUGAACAGAGAUCCUACUGCUCCUGCAGCUCUUCUGCGACUGUCUUUUCAUGACUGUCAAGUAGAUGGCUGUGAUGCUUCAGUUCUGUUGCAUUCUUCUCCUCCUGGGAUUGUUGCUGAGACUGUUUCAGAGCGGAAUUUCGGUCUGAGGCGUCAGGAUCUGAUUGAUGAUAUCAAAUCAGAACUGGAAAGAGCAUGCCCACAAACCGUUUCGUGUGCAGAUAUCAUCCAAAUGGCCGCUAGAGAUGCUGUAGUUCUGUCUGGAGGGCCAUUUAUACCGAUUUUGACUGGGAGGCGAGAUGGGAUUAAUGCAAGCAAUAUCAGAGCAGAUAAGCAGCUUCCUCCGGCUACACUUUCGGUGGGAAGCAUGCUGCAGAUCUUCAGCGAGAAGAACAUAAGCGCUGAAGAUGGAGUUGCACUUUUAGGUGCACACACACUAGGAGUGGGACACUGCAUAAAUUUUGAGAACAGGUUGAGCCCUCAGGGAGAUCCAAACAUGUCACCAAUUCUUUCAGCAGCUUUGAGGAUGCUCUGCAGAGUCCCUGCACCCUUCUCCAAUGUCACUUUUGCUCCAAAUGAUUUGACAAAUUUCAUAUUUGACAAUCAGUACUUCAGGGACAUCAGGAAUGGACGUGGGCUUCUCACAGUUGACUCUGAAAUAGCUUUGGAUCCCAGAACGUCUGUCUUUGUCUCCAUUUUCUCUCAAAAUCAGCAGUAUUUUUUUGACAGGUUUUCUGCUGCUUUUCUUCAACUUAGUCAAUAUAAUGUCUUGACAGGUGAUCAAGGGCAGAUUAGAAAGGACUGUAAGUUUGUCAAUUCUUGAACAGCACAGUUAGUUACUUUUAUAUUGACUGUGAUUGAAUGGUCUUAAAACUUAUGUGCUGAGCAUGCAGCCAUCUGCACUGUGAUAUUUAAGUACAGUAGUUAUUUUUUUUGGGUGUAUGGAAAGGCUGUCCAACUUCACUUAAUUUUAUUGUUGGAGAGGCCUGUGAAUCUGGUGACAUUAGAUCUGUAAAUUGUUGAAAUUGAUGAAUCUCUAAUCAGAUUGAAUUUCAUAGAUGAAUAUAUAAAUUCAGUGGGUGCAUCUUCUGUUGCAA